GCCCGGGGACAGUUCUGACCCAAAGCACCACCUUUUCACGGCCUGUCAGUCCGUCUCCAACCUCGGUGCCCGGCCCGUGAGUGUUAGGUUUUGGCGGUAGUGGGAGGCACUGAUGCAGACAAAAGGCAAGCCUUUACUGUCGGCGCGGGCGGGUUGCAGGAGACUGCAGGGACCCUCGAAGGAGGGAGCUAGGGAACGGAUUUUUAUUAGGUUAGACUAGGGGUGGAGUAAGGGCAGGUGAUGCGUCAUAUCUCAGGAUUUGAGAGUGGCUCGCGCUCGCGCGAAAAGGAAGCAGGGAGCUUACUCUGGGACUGAGGGAAGAACACAGAAGUCAGGCUUGAAAGGACACAUUGUCGAUUUUUGCAAUCCAACGCCAUGUUGGAUCGCCGCCAUGAUGGCCCUGGCAGAAUUUUACACGGACAAAACCCAUCACUGAGUAGCUUCUCGGAGCUCCCUCCACCACCCCGGAGCGCGAUCCGACCAGGGUCGGGCCCCCGAGAACCGGGUGUUCUUCCCUUCAACGGUACAACUCCGAGGAGCCAUAUCUCGCCGACCGGCUUCUCUUCCAGGUGCUGAAUACUCUACUGGGAAAUAAAAAAGUACUCCAGGAGUAAAAAGUAUGCCUCCCAAGUUUAAGCGCCACCUAAACGAUGAUGAUGUCACUGGUUCUGUGAAAAGUGAAAGGAGAAAUCUUUUGGAAGAUGAUUCAGAUGAAGAAGAGGACUUUUUUCUAAGGGGGCCAUCUGGACCAAGAUUUGGACCUAGAAAUGAUAAAAUUAAGCAUGUUCAGAAUCAGGUGGAUGAAGUUAUUGAUGUCAUGCAAGAAAAUAUCACAAAGGUAAUUGAAAGAGGGGAGAGACUAGACGAACUACAGGACAAAUCAGAAAGCUUAUCGGAUAAUGCAACUGCUUUUAGCAACAGAUCCAAACAGCUUCGGAGGCAAAUGUGGUGGCGGGGAUGCAAAAUAAAAGCCAUCAUGGCUUUGGUUGCUGCUAUCCUUUUGCUAGUGAUCAUCAUUGUUAUAGUUGUGAAAUACCGUACUUAAGCUGAUGACGGAGCUCCUCAAACAAGAUCUGGGACAUUAAUAAUAAUAAAAGAUUGCUGCAUAAUUUAAAUGAAACCUAUGUAUAUAACUUUCAGAACUUCUUUUUCAAGAAGCUAAGAGGCAAGUAUCACUUCAAAUUGGAGCACUGAGAAUGUCCAGUUAUUUUCUUCCCCUCCAAUAAAAUGUACUUUGAAUAAUUGUAUAAAGCAAAGAGAACUAUUUUGCUGUAUUCCAAGGAUCUAAUUUGAAACUAGAUACUUGCCAGUUCAUUCUUUGUGUAUAUAGUCAACCACUGAGUGACCGUAUUUCAUACUGGUAUUUUAGUGGCAUAAGGUCUUGCGUCAUUGCAUCGAGAGGGGGUUGGGCUGGGGGUCCGAAAGCCUAUGUAGUGUACCAAAUCAUUAUGCUAAACCAGAUCCGUAACCAUUCCACCAAUGUUUGCAAGGAUGUCGUUCUUUUUAUAAUAUGGUUGCUUUGUAAGCAGUUUCCACAUGUUUAUGGGUACAAUAAAAACUAAAUGUUUCUGCCUUCGACUAUAACUAAAAACAUUCCAAUAAACUUAUUUUUGACUGUAUAAGGGAAAGAGAACUAAUUUCCUGGUAUUUGGACUAUAGAAAUGGAAAAUUUAAACAGUGUGAGAAACAUAGCAUGACACCAUAAAACUGAAGAUAAUAGGACUGCUGGAGGAUGUCACUGAGCAGUUUAGAGCUGUCAGUCAUGGUCGAGUCUGUUGUCAGUUAAACUCCAACAAAGAGGGGCCAAUGCUAAUGUAAGUGAAAUCCCCUUGUAACUUUUUCCUUUGUUUUUAUUAAUAGCUUUUCUCUUUAAUUACACCUCUUUUACCAGAAGCACUAUAGCUAGAAAAAUCACCUGUUUUGAAUUUUCUGUUUCCAUCACCCUUGGAUGGCUGUAGCACAAUCAAGUGUCCACACCCCCAGCAGUAAUGUUGCACAAAGUCAGAAGCAUUGGGAACCUCAGUGCAGACUGCUCAGCGGCCAAAUGCUAAGUGCUCACCAUUAACCCUUGCCUGUUUUUAGAAUGAUAACGCGUGUUCAUUUUAAAACAUGCCAGCCUUGUUCAAACAGGUCAAAAUGAAAAUGCUCACUGAUGUGUGUGAGGAGGAACCAUCAUAAUAAAAUUGGAGAUUCUGCAGAAACGUGUGCACAUGGACACCUUAAAUCAGAAAUAGCAUUCAUGGAAAGAACCAGCAUUUAAAAAGGGAAAAUAGUGAUGCCACGUAAUAAGACAUAAAACCUGGAUGUUUUUGUUUGUGUGUUUAAUUCUGCAGUAUUAGUACUAAGAGAUAAUGUUCUGUUUGGAAAUUUGAAGGUGGAAGCAGAUUGAGAGACACUUAAGACACUUGCAAGUUAUAAAGACCUAAAUAGAAAGGCUGAGUUUCAUAGUUUGCUUAGAGCAUUUGAAAAGGGAUAAAGGUCUUACAUACUACAGAGUUUCGUUUCCUCUCCUCACGCUGUAGUGUCAGUUAAGUGACAGCAUAUGAACUGCUAAUAAACCCUUUGACUAAAGAGGGUACCUAGGAAAGAGAGAGCAUUUUUAGGAUUUCAGUAGCUAAUAGUUUGGGAAUAGGAAUAUUUUAAUGGAAUGGGCAGCAUCAGUCCUAACGUACAUAUGUAUGUCCUUUAUUUGUAUUGGAACUAGACCUAUAAGUGAUUCAUUUUCUGUUAAUUGGUGUAGAAGCCUGGCUCCUCUACUGUACUUAUUAGUAAAAAUGAAGAUUAUUUCUUUAAAAGAUUGCACAUUUCCAGUGUUUCUUUUAAUAAAGUAUGCCACUUGUGAAGAAACGGCUAUUAAAAAUUAUGAAAUUAUUUUUAAAUUUGUAAUCAUAAAAAUAAAGGAAAUAUUUAUAUGAUAAUACUGUAUAUAUGUAGCUGUGUUUGUAUUUGAAUAUGUUUCUGCUGAGAAUACCAGUGGUGGAUGUAAGACUGCUAGAACUUUGUAACAGUGGUGGUUUAGCUCAUUUUAUCAUUUUAUCUUUCUUGGUCUUAAUCUUCAAGUCUGUCUUUUUUUUGUUGUUGUUGGUACUGGAAAUCGAACUCAGGACCUUGUGCUUGCCAGUCAGGCGCUGUGCCACUGAGCUGUAUCUCUGGCUCUUGGUCUUAAUCUUGAAACGUUUAAAAUGGCUGACAUGUUUAUGAUGCUACUGUGGUAACAUUGGCCACAUGAAGCUUUUUACGCUCAAAACUGAAGAGAAACAGCUGUUCACACUGAGCCGGCUACCUUCAUUUCUUCUCUUAAUCAUUCUUUUUCUCACUCAGCUCAGAUCACCCUGCACAUGAAAAGAAUGAAGUUUGCCACCAUCAAAACUAUCAUUAUUUCGCAACAACGAAGAUGAACAGAAAAAUUCGAGUAGCUUUUGCAAACAUUAGUUGAUACUAGUGAAAUCAGGGUACUAUCUCUAUGCCCAAAACAUGCCCAUGUAGGUUAUAUAAAUUGCAGAAGCCAGUUGGCUUACAGCAGUUCUGUGAUUAUAAUGCUGACUAAUUGGCUCCUUCUGAUCAUAACUCAGUAGUAUCUGUGGUCUUUGGCUUCUCUGUUCGAUAAAGCUCACUGGAAUUUGCUCUAAGAUUUUCAUAAACUGGGAGAAUCACUGAUGAAAGUUCAGUAUUGAAGACGGAACAUUAUUCAAACUGGAGAGAGGAUAAUUAAUAUACAUCAGAUACAGAAAUACCUUGUGUUAACUCACUGAUAAAUUGCCUGUUUCUGUAGUCUUCUUGUGCAUUUCUUUAAUCUGCAUUAGGAAAUUAUACUGUUGGCCUUUUAUAGCAAAAAUGGGCAUCUCUCAGGUAUGUGUAGCAUGUGAGAGUACGCUGUAAAUACUGAAAGAAACUAAAGGGGAAAGAAUAAAAAGAAAUUGAAGUAUUUCAUUGCCAACACACUAUGAAACAUGUUUAAUGUCCUGUCAGUAUUGUGGCCACCGUGAGCCUGUGUCUGUAUCUAUCUAUACACACCAUGGUUAUGCCAGAAACUUUAUCCCCCCGAGCAUGAAUGCCAUUAGAUGUCCUUAUUAUGUUAGUCCAGAUAUUACUAAGCCAAGGACUGUCGAGUAAUCUAAUUUUGUGUUUUCACAUAGAAAUGUGAUUGGCGUCCAUUUUAUUUUUCUGUGAGUGGGGAACAAGGUCAUGAAUCAAUCUAAAUGCAUUUGCUUGGAAUGCAGUGUCCAGGAAAUUGCCGCAAAGCAGUGUAAAGACUGGCUGAAGAGGAGCUAAAAGGUGCUGUGUGUCUUCCUCCCUUCAUUCUUGCUGCUCCUGUGUUGUAGACAAAUGGCACCACCUUUAGACUGACGUAGGGUUCGGGCCUUCAUGUGUGCGCACGUGUGUGCACAUGUUUUUGCUGUGCUGCCCCAACUGGCCUUGAACUCUGGCUAAAGUGAUCCCGCUGCCUCAGCCUCCCAGGUAGCUGUGAUAAAAGACCUGUACCACCACACCUGGCCGGGCCUUUGAAAGUUCCAUGGCGAUUAUCCUAGGAAGCUGCUUAGAGCAAGCUAGUAGGAAUUAAAAGUGUGACCACCCACUUGUAAAGCAUAACCUUGUGAAAGUAAGGACUGCACGUAUUUCUGUGUCUCCCCAGCACAGUGCUGUGUUCGGCGCAAAUGACAGAGGAAAGUGUGCUGUGUGAGUGUGCCCUGGAAGUCACAGAGACCGGCGUGCAGGUGUGUAAGUGCAGGUUGACUUCCAGUGUUCACCGGAGAGGCAACACGAUGGACGUAACAGUGGGCGUUUCGUCUUUACCCGGAAGUGAUGAUAACUGAGUAGAGAAACAUUCUCAUGGUAUAAUACUCCUUAAGGUCCCUUAGGUCCCUUUCAGUUGAAGAGGUAAUAAAAUUCAGUCAUGUGCUAAAUACUUUAAGGCUACAAAGUAAAUUGCCUAAAGCAGAGAUUUUAAUCAGAAAAAUGCCAGAAAUCAAACUAUAGGAAAAUUUAAGCACUUAAUUUUCAUGUCUUGAGUAUAUCAGUGUUUUACAUUUCACACUCCUUAAUUUAACCUUUGUUGAUAAGUGCCUUCAAUACUUUAAUUGUGGUGGGAAAUGCCGUGUGCCCUGUUUCCCAGCUUCUGGGUUCUUCAUAACCACUUUCUACCAGUAUUGCACAGUCCUUUGUGUUCACAUCAGAUAUGUAUUUGUAGCCUCUCCAUAGUAAAUAAUAAACUAUUUCAUAGAAAACAGUAA